AUGGGGACCAGCUACCCUUCCAGACCAUGGGGACCAGCUGCCCUUCCAGACCAUGGGGACCAGCUGCCCUUCCAGACCAUGGGGACCAGCUGCCCUUCCAGACCAUGGGGACCAGCUGCCCUUCCAGACCAUGGGGACCAGCUGCCCUUCCAGACCAUGGGGACCAGCUGCCCUUCCAGACCCUGGGGACCAGCUGCCCUUCCAGACCCUGAACCAUUCAGCUGCCCUUCCAGACCAUGGGCACCAGCUGCCCUUCCAGACCAUGGGGACCAGCUGCCCUUCCAGACCCUGAAUCAUUCAGCUGCCCUUCCAGACCAUGGGGCCCUGAACCAUUCAGCUGCCCUUCCAGACCAUGGGCACCAGCUGCCCUUCCAGACCAUGGGGACCAGCUGCCCUUCCAGACCAUGGGGACCAGCUGCCCUUCCAGACCAUGGGGACCAGCUGCCCUUCCAGACCAUGGGGACCAGCUGCCCUUCCAGACCAUGGGGACCAGCUGCCCUUCCAGACCCUGAACCAUUCAGCUGCCCUUCCAGACCAUGGGGACCAGCUGCCCUUCCAGACCCUGAACCAUUCAGCUGCCCUUCCAGACCAUGGGGACCAGCUGCCCUUCCAGACCAUGGGGACCAGCUGCCCUUCCAGACCCUGGGGACCAGCUGCCCUUCCAGACCCUGA